AGUGGCUCAUGCCAAUGCAUGAGAAAGCUCACAAUUUCAUUAGCUUACAAAGACUGCCAUAUAUGCGGAAUUUAUGUUUAAUUUGUGAAAAACCUAAUUUUGAUAACUAAUAUAUUUUUAUUUUUCAUUUCUAAAAUAAUUAACAGAGAUAUACAUUCACAUUCCCGCCGUUGGUAGGCCACUUCUUUAUGCUGAGUACUGAAACACUUCUGCUUCCUCAGACAUUUCUCUUUCUCUUUCCUUUUCUUCUUUUUUUUUUUUUUUUUUUCAUAUUGAAACUUUCCUUAUAUCAUUCCUUCAUCAAUAUUUGAAACCCUUCUCUUCUCUCCCUUUCUCGUUUCUGUUAUUCAGAAUUUCUGCUUUUCUUUAUUCACUAAUUUAAUUGAACAACUCAUCGUUACACCAAGAACAGCUUUCAUCUCAAAUCAAGAAAUGUUGUUGAAUUGGGUGCAGGUGGGAUGCAAGUAUUACAUAAAGAAGAAAGAAGAUUGGUUAAGUGCAUUACUAGAAAGCAAGUUCUUUGAUUCUUGUGAUCAUCAUCAAGAACUGAGAAAGAAUGAGAAAAACGUCUUCUGUAUGGAUUGUAAUCUUGAGUUUUGCAGGCAUUGUGUGAAAGCUCACUGCCUUCACAGACAACUUCAGAUCUGCAAGUAUGUUUAUCAUGAUGUUGUUCGCCUUCAAGACAUUCAGAAGCAUCUUGAUUGCUCUAAAAUCCAGACAUACAAGAUCAAUGGAGAAAAGGCUGUACACUUGAACCCCCGGCCGCAAGCGAAAGAUGCAAAACCAUCAACCAAAGCAAAAUUUGGUGCUGCUUGUGAAGCAUGUGGAAGAUAUCUUCAAGACUUGCCUAAUCGCUUUUGCUCCAUUGCAUGCAAGGUUGCAGCAGUUUCAGUGAAGCCAAAAGAAGAAAAUCAUAAUAGAACGAUCACAUUCUCAAUUCAAGAAUUCCCUCAUCUUACUUGGAGAGAAAACUACAAUCAAGAAAGACAGCAUUCGAGUGAGAAUUACGAAUCAUCCUCGCUUUCUUUGACUGAUACGUCUGAGGAAACAACUCGUGGAUGGACGAGGACGAUGAGUUCAGCACUGAAGCCAAGAAGACAAUUGCGCAAAAGGAAAGGAAUCCCUCGAAGAGCUCCUCUUUGUUAAUCCCAAAAUUUAACAAAUAUUAUACAAUUUUGGCUCCAAAUGAAAUUUUAAUAAGAAAAACCACAGCAGCUAUAAUAAUAAUCUUUUGCUUUUGAUGAACAUUUUCUGAGAGGUUGUACAGAAUGAGUUGGUGAAGUAUAGAAAAUGGAUCUUCGUGUAUCUAUCUUGAUGGAAUCUGAUGAGUUUUUUAAAUUAAUCUUGAUAUGUUUUUCUUUUUUUCUA